AUGUAACUUUUAGAGUAUAAAUUUGAGCUAAGGCUAAAUGGAGGUGCUUUAAAUGUUUAAAAUAUUGACGAAUUAUAUAUAACUGAAUCAAAGUUUUAGAUAAAUAAAUCUAUUUUAGGAAAUGGAGGUUCUUUGUAUCUUUAUCAAAUUCAAAAUUUAUAUAUCUCAAACUCUGAUUUCUUUGAAAACGAAUCAUAAAUUGAAUCAGGAGGAGCAGUAUUUUUAGAAUAAAAUUAAUUAAAGUCAACAAAUUCUUCUAUAAUAAAUUGUAAUUUUUAAAAAAAUAUUGCAAUCUAAGGAUUAGGUGGUGCUAUUUAUAUUAAUAAUUGUGACUUAAAUUUAAAAAGAACUAAUAUUUUAAAUAAUAGAGCAUCUAUUGGUGGAGGAAUUUAUUAUUAGCAAAUAAUACCGCGUAUUAUUUAGAAAAAUUUAAUUUAAUUUAAUAACAAUACAGUUAAAGAUAAUGGAUGUAUAUUGUAUGGCUAAAAUAUAGCUUCAACACUUAGAAAAUUAUUGCUAAAUAUAAAUAAGGAUUUUAAAAUGAUUGUUGAAGAAGGAAAUUUAUCUUAAGAUGAAUUUAUCACUGUUAAGAAUUUCAGAAGUGGUGAUUAUUUAGUACUGGAUGAUAUUUAGAUAAUAGAUGAAGAAAAUUAUAAUUUUAAGUAUGAUCCUUUAGUAAAAUAUAGUUAAAGUGCUACAGAGAUAAUAUAGUAAACUACUUUGAGUAUUAACAUGUAAAAUAAAAGUGAAAAAAUGAAUAUAUUUGGAGGAAUUAUAGUAACUUAUUAGAAAGGAAAGUUUUCUUUUAAUGUAAGUCUUUCUUAUAUUCCAAAUGAAAGCUCAACUCUUUAGAUAUUAUCUUAAACAAUACCAGCUCUUUAUGAUUACAAUGGUAAUUUAUUUUUAGAAUAAAAGUAGUUAUCUCUCAAUUUAAAAGUUGAUUUUAGAGAAUGCAUAACAGGAGAAGUGCAAAAAUAAUUUUUCUCAUCUAUCAUUUGUGAUUAAUGCCCUGAUGGUAAAUACUCUUUAAACGUUAAUGAUUAGGCUUGUUAGAUUUGUCCGUCCUAAGCUGUUGAGUGUUUUGGUUCUUAAAUACAUGUAAAAAAUGGAUAUUGGAAAAAAAAUAAUCAGAGUGAUUUGAUUAUUUAUUGUGAGAAUGCUCCAGAAAAUUGUUAACCACAAAGCUAGAAAUCAAAAUUUGGAUGUGCUGAAGGCUAUGUUGGUCCUUUGUGUGAAUAAUGUGAUUUUUUUGGUAAUAUUUGGGGAUAAAGAUAUUCUACUACUUUCAAAAAUUUUAAUUGUUCCAAAUGCUCAGAUAUGAUAGUAUUAGCAGGUUUCGAAUAAGCAAUAUUCAUAAUUUUGCUAACUUUGUACAUUUACAUAUGUAAUAGAAAGAUCAUUAACUAAAUAGAAAGAGACCUAUAAAAUUACUAUAUUAAAAUGAUGGGUCUUAUUUAUCUCAACAAUUCUGUAUAUAAGACUAAUUCUACAGUAUAUUCAAAGAUUCUAAUUGAUCAUUUGCAAAUAAUAUCUAUUUUAAGCAGUCUUUCAUUCUAAUUUCCUACUAUUAUUUAAUUUUCAUCAAAUUUUGGAGGAAAUCCUUUAUUAAUAUAAACAAACAUAUUUGAUUGUUUUUAUCCUAGUCAAAUAAGAAUUCCGAAGUGGUUUGCUAAAGUAAUUUGCUCAUUAAGUCUUCCUUUUGUCAUUUAUUUACUUAAUUAAAUAAUAAACCUUAUUUUAAAAUUACUUUUUAAGAAAAAUACUCCUUCGAGAUAUUAAAAAACUACGAUGAUUUUCUUUUAUUUCUAUUUUUAUCCAUCCAUGAUAUUUAUAUUAAUAAAAUCAAUAAAUUGUAUAAAUAUUGGAAAUGAAAAAUAUGCUUAAAUCGACACUUUGAUAAGCUGUAGGGAUUUUUCUGAACACUUUAUUUAUAACUUAAUUUUUAGCUUUCCAGUGAUAAUUGUUGUAUGUGUUACCAUCCCAUUUUAUUUUCUUUAUAAAGUAAGAUAAAAUAUCAAUUAAAAUCUCUCUAAAAUAUAAAAAAGUUCAUAUUAGUUUAUUUAUGAACCAUAUAAGAAUUAAUACUAUUACUGGGAAUUUGUUAGAUUAUUGUAUAAAAGUACUGUUAUGAUUUCUUCAAUCUGCUUGUAAGAUUAUCUUUCUUUAAAGGUUUGCAUAGUUAAUUAGAUAUUGAUAUUGUACAAUUACAUUCAGAUGAGAAUUAAUCCGUUUACUCAUUAGCUACAUAAUCAAUUGGAAAAUUAAUCUAUUCUAAUAAGUAUAUCAACUCUGAAUUUCUGCUUAGUUUAGUCUUUGAUAACUGGCUAAUAUUAUACUGUGGUUAUCGUUUUUUAAUUGGCUAUAAUUAUGUUAAAUCUAUAAUUUGUAUUGAAAUUAGUGUUUUUAACAUUUUUUAAACCUAUUUCUCGAAAUAGAUAAAACAGAAACUUAUUUUAAGAGUGUCUUUAUAUAAUGAAGACUAAAUAUCCUUAGAUUUUUAAAUUUAUAUUAAUAGAUUCUACUAUUAGAUUUAAAACAGCUUUGAAAAUUAAAAAAUUAAGAAUUUAACUAAAGAGUAUGUUUGAAAUUAGAAAUGAUAGAUAAAGUGCUAUUAAGACAGGUUUAAAAUAAUCAUAAGAAUCUUUGAUAUCUAACUCACAUAAAAUAGUAAAUUAAUUUAAGGUAUAGCUAUUUAGCUAAUAAGCUGACAAUGAAACUAUAAACAGUGAAUUUGAUAAUUUAAAGCAAUCACAACAACCAUUAACACUUUAGACUAAAUAUUAACUUUCUCCAAAACUUAGAAAUCAAGAAUUACCCCUUAUUAGAUAAGAAACAAAUGAUAUUUCUUAGAUUUCAUUGAGAUAGUGCAAUUUUUAGCUUCGCUUGAUAAAUUUAUAAGAUUAAAAUCAGGAUGAAGUAGUUGAAAAAUAAAAAAAUUAAACUAAAUGGUGA